AUGCCUCGACGCUCAUUGGCAACUCUCUUCGGAGUUGACCGGACUACCGAUGUCAAACACCACUUCGAGACAUCUUGGAUCUUACCCCCCGCCGUCCUCGCUGGUCUUCGCGGUCUGAUCUCGCUGUACAUUUUCGCCUCCAUCUUCAUCUUCUGGGGCUGGUAUGGCACCCACGAUGACCCCGCCUCGAUUGGUCACUCCUUCAGCUACUUCACUUGGCUGACUUACUGGGGCACUGGCUUCUACAUGCUAUUCGCCGCCAUCCAUACAGCCUACUAUGUACGAACGGGUCAUUCGGUUCUCCUCGACCGCUGGCCGCGGGUCUUCCGCGUGCUACACAGUCUAUUGUAUGUGACAGUCACAACCUUCCCGAUUCUCGUUACGGUUGUCUUUUGGGCUAUCCUCUUCAGCCCGCCGUGGUACAAGGAGCCAUUCACCCGCUGGCAAAAUAUCUCCCAACACGUCCUCAACUCCGUCUACGCCCUACUGGAAAUCAUCCUCCCAGCCACAGCGCCGCAUCCCUUCAUCGCGAUCCCGUUCCUACUCCUCAUACUCCUGCUCUACCUCUGCGUCGCAUACAUCACGCACGAAACCGAAGGCUGGUACCCAUACUCCUUCCUCGACGUCGGUGACCACGGGCAGAAGAGCAAUCUUGUGACGGGAUACUGUUUCGGCGUCUUGGCUGCGGUCCUGGUUUUCUUCGUCAUUUCCUGGGCGCUGAUUCAUUUGCGUCGUCGUUUGACGCGCGGUGGGAUUAAGCGGGCGACACGGGACCCGCUGUGCGCACACGAGGCUUUUAGCGAUGCGUGUUUUGGUGAGUUGUCCAAUGAGAGGAAGGUUGUGCCGGUUUAG